AAUGUAACCGACUCUUGCGUCUCGUUUACCUAGAAAAAACAAAAGCCCAUUGUCUCAUCUUCUCUAGGAAUCAUGAAGUGGAAUCAGCACCCACUCACCAUUUUAAUCAACCAACACCAGCAGGCCAGCAGCGACCUCUUCCUCCUCUCCUACUACACAGUUCAAAAGCACUGCUUCCAAAUCAAACAUGCACUUUCCCCACUUACUAAGCUUCACUUCCACACCUGCCAUGCACCUUUCUCAGUUUCCCAGUCACCACAGCCAGUUAUCUGGCCAUGUUCAGAGUCCCCACUUGGGUAAAACAAGACCCAGAAGUCAACAACCUCCGAUUUCCACUUUAGGAUGUUACAAUGUUAAAGACUACUUGCAGACUCAAACACCCAGAAGGCAAUUGAAUCAAGGAAGUGGGUUGAGAUAUUCGAAUUCGAAAAAUUGGAGCUUUGCAGUGAGGUCCAGUUCAACAUUGAGCGUAGAUAAAGUGUUGGAGAGUGAUGGAAAGGCAGGUGGGAAGAGUAAAUAUGAUGCCAUUGUUAUAGGGUCAGGGAUUGGAGGGUUGGUUGCAGCUACACAGUUGGCUGUGAAGGGUGCCAAGGUUUUGGUUUUGGAGAAGUAUGUGAUUCCUGGUGGGAGUUCUGGGUACUAUGAGAGGGAUGGUUAUACUUUCGAUGUUGGGUCUUCUGUCAUGUUCGGUUUCGGCGAUAAGGGCAAUCUAAACUUGAUAACACAAGCAUUGGCAGCAGUGGGUUGUGAGAUGCAGGUGAUACCUGAUCCGACCACUGUCCAUUACCAUCUACCGGAUAAUCUUUCAGUUCGAGUACACAGAGAAUACAGUGAAUUUAUUUCAGAACUUACUGCUAAAUUUCCCCAUGAAAAGAAUGGGAUCCUAAAAUUCUUCGGUGAAUGUUGGAAGGUUUUCAAUGCCUUGAACUCUUUGGAACUGAAGUCACUCGAGGAGCCUAUCUAUCUUUUUGGACAGUUCUUUCAGAAGCCUCUUGAAUGCUUGACACUAGCCUAUUAUUUGCCUCAAAAUGCUGGGGACAUAGCUCGUAGGUACAUUCAGGAUCCCCAACUGUUGUCUUUCAUUGAUGCGGAGUGUUUUAUUGUGAGCACAGUCAAGGCUUUGCAGACACCGAUGAUCAAUGCGAGCAUGGUGAUGUGUGACAGGCAUUAUGGUGGAAUUAACUACCCUGUUGGUGGCGUUGGGGGAAUUGCAAAGUCCUUGGCGAAAGGUCUGGUGGAGCAGGGCAGUGAGAUACUUUACAAGGCCAAUGUUACUGGCAUCAUACUUGAUCAGGGCAGAGCUGUUGGAGUAAGGCUUUCAGACAAGAGGGAAUUUUUUGCCAAAACCAUAAUAUCAAAUGCUACAAGAUGGGAUACCUUUGGAAAGCUGUUAAAAGAAGAAGACCUUCCAAAAGAAGAGGAAAACUUUCAGAAAGUUUAUGUUAAGGCACCAUCUUUUCUUUCCAUACACAUGGGGGUGAAAUCUGAUGUUCUGCCACCAGAUACAGAUUGCCACCAUUUUGUGCUUGAGGAUGAUUGGGCAAGGUUAGAGGAGCCAUACGGAAGUAUAUUUUUAAGCAUUCCAACUAUUCUUGAUCCAUCGUUAUGCCCAGAAGGGCGGCAUAUUCUUCACAUAUUUACAACCUCUUCCAUUGAGGACUGGGAGGGACUCUCUCGAAAGGACUAUGAAGCAAAGAAGGAGCGUGUGGCAGAUGAAAUCAUUAGCAGAUUAGAGAAAAAACUCUUUCCAGGGCUCAAAUCAUCCAUCGUUUUUAAGGAGGUGGGAACGCCAAAGACACACAGGCGGUACCUGGCUCGUGAACAGGGUACUUAUGGACCAUUACCACGCAGAACUCCUAAGGGCUUAUUGGGAAUGCCAUUCAAUACAACAGCCAUAGAUGGUCUUUACUGUGUUGGUGAUAGCUGCUUUCCGGGACAAGGUGUUAUAGCUGUAUCCUUCUCAGGAGUAAUGUGUGCUCAUCGUGUAGCUGCUGAUAUAGGUCUUGAGAAGAAGUCUCCAGUACUGGAUGCUGCCCUUCUUGGACUACUUGGGUGGUUUAGGACAUUAGCAUGAGACUUUGUCAUACAGGAAUACAAUCUGAAGUGCAGCUUGACAAUUUUGCUGGAGAAGCAUUUGUUGCUUGGGUUGAUGCUUGUAAAGACAAUUAUAAGUAGCGGGUUUGGGGCAUAUUGAUGGAUGGAAUUAAGUUGGGGAGGUUCAAUGUACUCUCCCUAUUUUUUUUACUUUUUUUUUUUUUUUUUAGAGCCUAGUGAGUGUUUUAUGGCAGUAGCCAUGUUAUCAACUUUGGCACAGUUGAAUUACCUUUUGUAGUUCUUACAUGAUUAAGAUGAAGUUUAUACACAUUGCUCUGGAGAAACUAUACAGGGAGCUCCAUGCUAUUUGAUCUGCAAUCUUUUCCUGCUAUAUUUACUCAUAUAAUUCUUUUUAUUACUAUUUCUUAUUUCUUAUUUCUUUUUCUUUUUUUUUUGAUUGAAAGAGAAUUUUAUUAACUCAAAUAAAUGCAUCAAUAUGGGGACAAUUGUUCUCAACAGAGAACCCCCACAGAGCUAACAGACUAAACAGCAUCAAUUAAAUCAUGGAGCCAAGGAGGCCCUACAUCUUUGCAAAACAUAGCUUGUACCAAUGAUAAAGCCGAUCUCGCCAACUUGUGAGCCACCAAGUUGGAUCGUUUCUUCACAUGCUUCCAAGAAAUUAUAUCAAACUCCCUCAUAAGCAAUCUAACUGCAUCCAAUACUCCUCCAAUAGCACUCAAAUCCCAUCCAGAAGCAUUCAGACCAUUUAGCACAUUAAGCGCAUCACCAUACACUCUCACAUUUCUCACACCCAAUUCUCUACCAAACUUUAGUGCAUGCCAUAAAGCCAAAGCCUCCGCUGCUAUAGGUUUAAUAGGAACUGGUAAUGGAAUGGACAUCGCACCCAUUAAUUGACCUGUACCACUUAAAAUAACAGCACCCAGCCCAACACAGCCCUUUAAUACGUCAACUGCACCAUCAAAAAACAACCUGGGUUCUGCUCCUUCAAACUGUUGACCAGUUUCAUGGCCACCCCCAUUCUGGCCUCCUUGCAAUGUAACGCUACUGGUAUGCACUCGUGAAAGCUCAAUUUGCCACUACAAACUCCUUUGCACAAUCUGUCCGGCUUCCAAUUCUGACUUACCAUGAACCACAUCAUUUCUGCAUUUCCAAAUCCACCAACUAACCAAUCCAAAUAACUCCAACUCGUUUUGAGAUCCAACCGCAGCCACAUGAAGCACAAGAUCGGUAAAAGAGAGCUCCUUCCAAUGUUUCACAAAGCCUCUCAACCAUGUCUUCUUCCAAACCUUCUGGGAUUUUGGACAUUCCCAGAGGCAAUGUAAGACUGUUUCACUCGCUCUACCACAUCUACCACACUCAUCAUGAGAACAAACUUUGCGUUUAAACAAACGCUCAACACAAGGAAGGAAUGAAUGGCAAGCUCUCCAUAGAAAAAGCUUGACUUUGUUAGGGACCGCUAGACCCAAAGAAUACUCCAUACAUUUUUGGAGUUUGAAUCAUCAUUCCCCCCGCUACACUCUGUUCUCAAACCCACCUGCUUCAACUCCAUUCCAAACCAAUACCCUGAUUUCACUGUAUAAUACCCAUCUUAAGAAAUAUAUACGUGCAAGUGGUGACUCUAUGAAAUGCUUUUAAAGAACUAUUUCCUUCAUUUUGUACCCUUGCCUUUCCGUCUAGGUUGAAUUUGAUAAAGUUCAUUCAUGAAUUAGAUGUUAUAAUACGAGUUCUUGUCGAUUAAACAUGAUACACAAAGUACAUUAUUUUCUGAAUUCACUUGUUACCACUAGAGUAAGUUCACCAAAAAAAAACUCUGGAGUUCUACCUGUAUAGAAUUGGCUUACACCGCAGAUAAACAACCUAUUUGACUUUGACCUACAUAUGAGACAAACUUCAUACAAUACUAGAUGUUCAAAGUACAUUAUUUUCUGAAUUCACUUGUUACGACGAGAGUAAGUUCACCAAAAAAAAACUCUGGAGUUCUACCUGUAUAGAAUUGGCUUAUACCGCAGAUAAACAACCUAUUUGACUUUGACCUACAUAUGAGACAAACUUCAUACAAUACUAGAUGUUCCAGAUCAAUGGCCUCACUAGUUUUCCUCAGUUAAUUUGAGACUGAUGUUUCAUAAAUAGCUUCUAAGGAAGAAGAAAAGGACGGUGGAACAUAGUAUGUCCAGAUCUAGGCUUCCUUGGAGAGUUGUUUAUCACAUUUACGCUCCAGCGUGAAGCUUCAUUCUCCUCAAAGAAAGGUAUGCCAAUAA